AUGGACGCCUAUCCUUCCGGUACCAAGAGGGAGGGGGACGAAUUGCCUGAGCACUUCUUACCAUCAGAAGUUAUAAACACUCGUCAACAUCAUGUUUUCCGAUUUUGGCCUUGGGAGAUUGGUUCGAUAUUUGUUGCAAUAGGUUCGAUAGCGGCUACUUACUCGAUUCUAUCCCACUUCGACGGACACGAGGUGCCAGAAUGGCCGUUCAGUAUUAAUCUGAACACUCUCAUCGCCUUGAUCUCUACCGUUAUGCGAGCAGCAAUGCUUGUAGGCGUCGCCGAAGUCAUUAGCCAGACAAAAUGGACCUGGUUCUCCCGACCGCGACCGUUGAGCCACCUACAGUAUUUCGACGAAGCAAGCCGCUCUAUAUUCGGUUCCCUGAGCUUACUAUUUGUCGCCCCUGGAAGUAUGCUAGGCAUAGUCGGCGCUCUUAUUACCAUUCUAUCUCUCGGGAUAGGCCCGUUUACCCAGCAAACCGUCAAGUCUGUCGCAUGUCUUCGGACACAUACCGAAGUAAACGCGUCAUUGCCCGUGGCCCAGUACCUUCCUGGGAACGAAACCUAUUAUAGAACCGCGCCCGGACGUUGGGAAUUGUCAAUCGACACGAAGGGAGCGCUAGUCAAUGGAAUCGUCAAUCCGAUGGGCAAUGAUACCGCUAUUGUACCGACCUGCCCUACUGGAAAUUGCACCUUCACAAGCCACAACGGUAUCACGCACGCUUCUAUAGGCUUGUGUAGCUCGUGUAUCGAUACCACUUCAUUCAUUAAGAGAAUAGCAACCAACAGGACCGGCGGGUACGAUAAUUAUACUCUUCCUACUACCGGUAUGUGGGUGAGCCCGGAUACAGACCAGGCGUAUCUGAACGUGGACAACGGCUUGCUCCAAUGGGCAGCAUCCCUCUUCACUCCCGAAUUCGAGUCGGUGUGUCCUGAAAGUCUACUCAAUGUGACCGUCUUAGCGCUCACAAAAGCGACGUGUUCGAAAGACGGGGACAAACUCGAUUGUCCCAUUACCCAUGGAUACAGCGGACCGACAGGUAUCGUAGCGACUUCGUGCACUCUCUACCCGUGCCUGAAGAAUUACGAUGCCACCAUGAUGAAAGGUGUGCUUUCGGAGAAGAUUGUCUCGACGGAGCCCGCGCGUACUAACUGGGUAGAGGCGAAUAUAACUCAAGGAGAGAUUUAUCCUACCAUGAAUUGGACCACGCUUCAGAGUCCGUGCUUCCUUGAUGGCCAGUCGUAUGAUCUAUCCAAUUUCUCGACGGUCCUUGAAAAAGAAGGGAGGGUAUUCACGGGUAUCAACAUCGACGGGACAAACUAUACCGCACCAGACGACUGCAUGUACAAGAUGGGCUAUCCGUACUGGUCUGCUCUAAACAAGUUCACGAGCGAAGACUUGUUCAAGGGCAUAUGCACGUACAACAGCCGACAGGGUCAAUUCGUAUCGUGCGAUUCGAAGUGGUGGCUUUCCAGCUUUUAUAGAAAUGACGAGGCAAGCUUCGAGACGCUAAACAUGGCCUUUGACCAGUUCUCCACGGCCGUUACCAAUAAGUUCCGUACGACAGGCUCGGAUAUCUAUGACUGGGGAACCCAAAAGACGGUAACAGGGCUGGUCAACGAGAUGACGGUGUGCACUCAGUUCCAGUGGCAAUGGCUCCUGAUGCCAACGAUCUUAGUCGUUGCUACGGUUGUGAUCUUGAUUGCUAUGAUAACGCAAAACCUACGCGACCAUAAACAGCCGGUGUGGAAAUCAUCCUUACUGCCGUUAUUGUACUAUGGAUUCGGACAGCGAGCGUACCAAGAGGAUCCAAGUAGACCUGUUAUGGACCUCUCGGAGAUGAGUAAAGCGGCUGCGGAAACAAAAACUAAAUUCCGGAAUGGUGCCAGGGCAGGUUUCGUCAACGUUGCUCCGAGUAUGGACGAGUUAGUUAUGCAAAGGGGGAGAAACGUUGAAGUUGACUCCCUUUACGGGGGCCGAUAG